ACUUGGUUUAUAGUGAACAUAGUAGAAAAUUAGUAUUAAAUUCUCCUGCCGCGUAAUCCCAUGCACAACAUACAUCAUCACAGAGCUCGCUGUAUAUUCAAUUUCUCUCGUUAGUUCGCGAUCAAGCACAGCCAUGGCAAGUUAUACGCCAGUAAACCGCGAUGAGUUUAACGAAAAAAUAGAUAAAUUCUAUUCAAAUCGUCCAGGUAGUAAUCGAACAGUGUGGAGGCGAGAUCAGAUGAUCAAGGUUAUAAAAGUUCUGCAAGAAAUUCAGGAUCCAAGUACGAAAAAGACAGUGUCUCAUUAUCAUUACGCGAAGACGUAUGAGCUAGCAAAAAUUGGAACGGAAUCGUAUGUAAUUUUAAAACGAAAAACUUCGAAUGAACCAGUUAUUUACGUAACAGCGAUGGAGGAUUACUACGAUAAAUUGUUAGAAGCUCACAUUCAAACAGGCCAUGGCGGAAGGGAUAAGAUGCAGUAUUACAUUAAAGAAAAGUACAGGAUAACGAAGGUGGCUUGUGAGAUAUUUGUGUCUUGCUGCGAGACAUGUAACAGAAAGAGGGUUGCUCCAAAACGAGGAGUUGUGACAAAACCGAUAUUGAGAGAUGGAUUUAAUGUUCGCGGACAGGUGGAUUUAAUUGAUUUCCAAUCGUGUCGCGAUGGUGAGUUCAAUUGGCUACUGAACUACCAAGAUCACGCUACCAAGUUCUUGCACCUUCGACCCUUGAGAUCCAAGCACGCAGUUAACGUUGCUGAAGAAUUGUUGAAAAUCUUCUUUACAUGGGGAGCCCCGACUAUUUUACAGAGUGAUAACGGUCGAGAAUUCGUGGCUGCAGUAAUACACGAACUUGUUUCCAUCUGGCCUUACUGCAGGAUUGUUCAUGGGCGUCCGCGACACCCACAGAGCCAAGGUAGCGUCGAAAGGUCAAAUACGGACGUUGAAAACAUGUUAAGAACCUGGAUGAUCGAUAAUGAUUCGACAAAUUGGAGUCGUGGUUGCUACGAAGUCCAAUGGCAAAAGAAUACAUCGCGACAUAGAGUCAUAAACAGGAGCCCGUACGAAGCUCUACUUGGACCGAUAAAAAGCGGCAUAAGAAAUACGUCUUUGCCUGAAAUUUUAAAUUCACUUAAGACAGAGGAAGACUUGGAGCAGGCUCUCGAGGAGCAGAAUGUACAAUUGAACGCGAGUGUUGAGCAGUGCGAAGGCGUAGGCAAGAGGAAGAGGGUGCGAGAGGAUGAAGAAGAGGAGGGAGAGGGAACACAGAAGAAGCGAAAGAUAGACGUCUCGAGCAGUAUUCUUUGCACAAAGUGCAAAAUGGAAAUGCAUAGUGACCAAUAGCGACCGCGGACAGGCUGUU